AUGCUAACCACCACCACCCCCGUAUCUAGCAAUCCCAAUCCGUUGAGGGAGCGGACACCCGGCGAGCUUAAAGAAGACGUCCGCAGAUUCCACCGCGACCACAAACUUGGGCCGGUGGUCGAACUCGAGGUACUUAUUAAGGGGGCGCUCAUAGCACAGGACGCGACCAAUAUAGAGAUCGGUGACCUGACCGCCCCGGAAAAGCUCGCCAUACAAUCCGAGGCGCAGUCGGGAUUCUUUCAGCAGACGAAGGAGCUGAAGGUAACCAUCCUCACGACUGCAUGCGCAGCUAUCAUCCAAGGGUGGCAACAGUCAACCAUCAAUGCCGGUUCGCGUGGCUGGCAGUGCCAGCUACUUCUCAAAUCGGGGAAACCAGAUGCCACUGUCUCCCUAUAUGAAAUGUAUAUUACUUGCUUGAUUGACGCAGCGCCAUGGAUAUCAGGAAGUAUUAUCGGAACAUGGCUCAGUGAUCCCCUACAGGAGUCCAGAUUUGGCCGCCGGCCUGCACUUUUUAUAUCGGCGUUAUUCUGUGCCGCAUCUGUACUUGGGACCGCACGAUGUACUAAUUGGGGGGAAAUCCUAGCGUGUCGCCUAAUACUUGGAAUUGGGAUUGGCGCAAAAGCUUCUAUUGCUCCUGUGUUCGCAGCGGAAGCAGCAGCCGAUCACCUGCGAGGCCGGCUGCUGAUGAUGUGGCAACUAUUCGACACGUUUGGGAUUGCUGUGGGGUUCGCAUGCCACUGGAUUGUUGGACGCAGCUGGAGAGGGCUUUUAGGGAGUGCCGCAGUCCCGGCCCUGAUCCUCCUCGUCCUGGUCUUUCUGUGCCCCGAGUCCCCACGCUUUCUAAUUCGAAAGGGCGCCUACGCAGACGCAUUUAUCAGUCUCCGUCAACUGCGAGGGUCUGACAUUCAAGCGGCCAAAGACUUAUAUUACAUCCAUAGCCAACUGCAAAUAGAAGCCGAGUUGUUCGAGGGUAAACGGCCAGAGAAAUGGUGGAGAACAGAUUUGUACCAGCAGAAGGUCAAGACCCAGACCUUCUUCCAGAGAGUAGGGGCUCUUUUGACGGUCCCACGCAACCGCCGAGCCUGUGUCGCGGCGUUCCUGGUGAUGGCGUCCCAGCAGCUUUGUGGCAUCAAUGUCCUUUCCUUUUAUUCCUCGGACCUGUUUCGCUAUGUAGCCUCCAGCCCCGGUGACGGUAAUUCACACUCACACAGAGCCCCGGAUGUGGCCGAUAUUGUUAACUGUCAAGAUCCAAUGGACGACAAUGUUGCUUGGCUCAACUUCGGAUUCGGGCUGGCCAAUUUUCUAUUUACAAUCCCAGCCUACAGAUUUAUCGAUUGGAGGGGCCGUCGGGUUCUUUUGUUAAUCUCUCUCGGCGGAAUGUUCUUCACCCUUCUGGCGAUCAGUGGCUUUUUCCGUAUCAUUAGGCCCCAGGAGGCUCAGAAGGGCCUGGUUGCUGGUUUUACGGUUGUUAUCUUCACUUUCUUCUACGGGAUUGGUGCUGGACCUGUCCCGUUCACUUUCAGCGCCGAAGUGUUUCCCCUGACUUACCGAGAGGUUGGUAUGAGCUUCAGUGUCAUGGUGAACUUCCUUGGCCUGAGUCUCUUGAUCCUCUUCGUGCCGCGGUUGACGACUAUUUUUUCCCCGAACGACCCCAGUGUUCGAAAAGCCCGUCUCUUUGGCCAGUCAAACCUGCUGUUUCUUUUCAGCGGCCUCAAUGCACUGGCCUUUGUCCUUGUGUUUUUCCUGGUCCCAAGUGGCACAGCGCAAAUUAGCCUGGAAGAGAUGAAUUCUAUUUUGACAGCACCUAUUAGGAACUUUGUAAUAAAAUAUGCAGCUUAUUAUAGGUACUGUCUAAUAUUCAUGUGA